UUUUUAAAAUCCAAGCACAUGGAUGUGCGAACUGCUUGCCAUUGACCGCGCUGCAUAGCUUUGCAUUAGCAGGCUACUUGUAAUCACUCCUACAGCCACAAAGGCACUGCACAUGACUGACUUUUAAGUGUGAACGCGACCGGAAGCCUAUUCAGCAACGAACUGUGAUAGUAGAAGAAAUAUAACGCAACAUUUUAGUGGCAAUGACAGACUACAGCAGGUUGCAGACGACACCCACUCGAACGACGUACUCCAGUACGGAGCGAACAAAGGGAGCACCUCACGGCUCGCACCCGACGCCCACGAGUCGCGUUCCAAUCUAUGUCCAGAGAAGUCCCAGAACCCCGGCGAAUAAGCCUGGAGCCGGCUGGAAAAAGUGCAGCGUUCUCUGCACGAGCCCCUCCGAAACGGACCGGACGGCUUCCAACUCCACGUCCAACCCGUUUGAUGUCGACCCUGACCAGCUGACGAUGCCGUCUUGCUCGCCGUCUGUCUUUUCGUCGUUUUUCUCUUCAAAAAAUAAACCGGGUUCUAGUUCCAAAAAAUCAUUUCGGUGGUCGAUUGAGCAACUGUCAACAUUUUGGCCGGUGGACAUCGAUGAAGAGUCAAUCCAGUAUGUGUGCUCGAGGGACGACAACGAAGAAUACGAGGUGCAAUCGCAACAAGCCAUUGAGAAGUACUUCUCUCAGAAAGACAUUGUCCCGUCUCCGUGGGUUGUUUCCAACAAGAAUGCAGUUCCGCUGAGUUCGUCGCCAAUAAGCACAGCCUCGUGCAAGACUGCAACCCGUCCCUUGCGUGACAGGAAGAGUCGAAAACGAUCGGUGUGGAGCCAGACUGUUCUUACAAUUCCACCGUCCGUGGACGUGGAAGCUAUUCUCGGUCAGUACUUUAAGUUUGACUGCGACCAACAGCAAUCGGAGCCGCCGUCGGAUCGUAGCAUGUCGUUCCGCGAUACUUCGAGCGGGUCGCUACGACGACGGCUCUUCUGCAAUGGCAUCAACGAACACAGCCCAGCUCCCGAUGAGAAGGCCACCACUUUUGCUUCUAGUCACGCGGAAGAAUGCGGAAAAAAUUGCUCACCGCAAUCGCUGAACCUGUGCUCAAGUCCGAUUGGGCCGGUUCAAGCCAGCUUCCAAGCCGGCACACCAGACAGUGAGCCUAUGCAGUUGUCCCCCAUUUGUAGGACUGACAGACGGACCGCUCUUGGUGACAGUGCCAAGAAAAGAUCCGUGCCAAUUAGGAUUCCUUCUAAAUGUGUACAUGACACACCUGAGAAGUCUGCCCCGGCCACGCCGCCUGAUGAGGAGCCUUCUGAGAUGACGUCUGCCGGGCUUCAAGACACGGACAUGUCUACGAGGGAAAAGGACCCGAAGACCUCCGACCCGUUUGACAGCACGUCCUCCUCCUCGUCCGACAUUGACUCUCAGUGCGGUCGGAUAAGCCUCACGGGACCAAGGUUGUCCGACAUGGACACCGGAUAUCAGACGUAUAACUCAAACGGGAAGCUGGACUCCAUCAACCUCCGCCUCCCGUCCGUCGGAUGCAGUCGGACUGGGGAGUCCGGGGGAUGGGGUUCCCUGGUGAUCUCUCAGCAAACUGACUCCGUUUGACACAGGUGGCUUUUAGUCAAUUUUAGAGAAGCACGAAAGGUGUAUUUGUACAGUAUUAUUACAACGUAAAGUGACAUUGUCUUAGAAGGCAUGUGCCAAUCGUGUGCGCACAUUUUGGAGUCAUAAUCGCAGCAUCACCGAAGCACGAUACAUUUUAGUCAAUUUUAUGAGGCAAGGGGAGAACCAUCGAUCAUAUUUUUUCACCGAGUCUACCUCGUGCAUAGGUAUUGAGGGUGAGGCUAUUUAUAAUAAAACAGCUUUACAAUCUU